AUGCACCUGCUGAAGAAAGUUCUUCUACAACGAGAGCGUCUUUUGGUAUCUUCGGAACCUACAUCAUCACAAACCAACGCCGAUGGGAACGAAGUCGAUGGAAAAGCGGCAGAUAACCAAACUGGUAGUGGCGUAAUAGGCUUUACGGACUUGCCCAGCGAAAUUCAGAUGACAAUUUUGAAAUGUUUGUCUUACGAUGAUAUUGCCAAACUUAGAAGGACUUGCAAGCUACUUAAUACAUUAUGUUCCUAUUUGCUUAAUCGAGGAUUUCAACAAUUGGGAAUUGAUAUUGAUAGAGAAAAACUACGUAUCAAACGAGAACUACCCAGACGGGAAUCCAUGAGGAGAUCACAUCGACUAUCACGACUUAAUGAUGCAUAUGCAGGACUGGACACGAGGUUCUCAAUAAUGACGAUGACAUAUCGGAAGUUUAUUGACAUGAAAGCUUCCUGUUUUAUACCAGGAAAGGUAUUGGAUGAAUUUUUCCGCAUCAUUGACAUAUUAAAGAAAUCACACGACAGAGGUGGAACGCUUACGAUAGACAUCCACGAACUUCUCAAAGAUCUGAGAGACUUGUCGAGCAUGGCUAUGGAGCAUUUCGAGGAACACGUGCAACCUUCCCUCACCACGUCUUCUUCGGGAACAUUGAGUAGCUCCUACUUCAUGGCCAUUCACCCACUUUUUCGACCGUCCGCCACCCCUACUGCUUCGCCAUCUAGGGACUCAGAUAGCUGCGAAUGGCGCAAAAACGUAAUGGACAAGUUGUCACAGCAGGACAAGCAAAUAAAGAAACAAAGUUCAGAAAUACUGUCACUCAAAUCUUGCAUAAGACAGCUUGUUUUGGUUUGCACAGAAUUGAUUCCACCAGGAUCAGAAAAAGAAAUUGCCGAUCUUUUAACAGAUAUUUUAAAUACAGUUUCUGUACAUGGAGGAAACACUACUCGUUGUGGUAAUGAAAGGGCGUCAACCUCCGAUAACUCUCCACAAGAAAACGAGUGUGUCUCAAGAAGUCGUAAACGGAGCCAUGUCGACCGUAACUCACAAGAAUAUGAUGAAAGGAAGAGACCAAGGCCCGACGACACGCCAGACGUCAAUAGAAUGUUUGAAAAUCUUAUCUAG